AUGCCUGUACCCACUACCCACCCCACCUCAGCUCUACCCAGCCCUGUACCCCCUCCUUCCUCUGCCCUCACCAGGGUUUGUGCCCAGUGCCCACCCUUCAGCCACUCUGCUCGGUCCACCCCCAAUCUACCAUUGAGCAUCCGCUCCCAAUCUCCAAGAAAUAGGAGACAACCAUGUGUGUGUGUGUGUGUGUGUGUGUGUGUGUGUGUCCUCACUGUGCCCUGCUGUUAUCCUGGUGGGGCAGGAUGGGGUCGAUUAGGGAAACCCAAUCUGGUGGGAGCAGUUUGGUAGUGAGGGAUAAAAGGGGGGACAGAGAGAUGAAUAGAAAGGAAAGUGUUUCACUUCGUCCACUGAGCCACUCAGACAGAAGGGGAGUGUUUGGGUGGACUACUGUAUACUGCUACAGUGCAGUUCAACCAAGGUACAUGAACAAACUGGAUCUUGCAAGCACCUGGAUGUGGGUGGGAUGGGGUUGUGGUGGGGUAGGGUUCAAUGUGUUUUUGUGGAGUGUUUAAGUCUAGAUUUGGCAAAAAUUCAUAGUGUGUAAAAUAUACCCUGAGGUCAACAUUUUGACUACCUUUGAGUGUAAAGACAUCAAGACCUGGUUUGUGCAUGCAUACACCAAAAACGGUGUAAUCACCCAAUGUGGGAUUUGCUGUUUGGUUAGAACCACAAGAAAACAAAACCUCUUUUGAUUGACUGACUGAAUGAACUCCUCCUCUCUCAGUCAGUACACACACAGAGACACACACAUAAAUAUAUUUGAGUCAAGCAGAGAAAGAUGCACAUCAGCCAACAUCUAUGGCUUUUGUGUUUCUUAUACAUAGGAACAUCAGCUCAAGACUCACUCAAACUGCACUUGAACUUGUUGUCGCUCCAGAUUUCAGCUCCGCCCCGAAACUGAUGUCACGUAGGUGAAUCCACAAGUUCAGGUGCGUCUCUGCGAGUGCUCAGAGCACAUCAGUUCAAUUCAGCCGUAAAUCAAUGGUCUGCGUCUCACCUUAGACUGUCUCUCCCUGGAACUCUGUUUGAUCUGACCAUGGCAGAGUGAACCAAGUAGAAGAACUUCAUGGAGGUUCCCUGAAACACAGGAGAAAAGGUGAGGAAGACAGGUUGGUGUGUUUUUCUGUUCUCUUUCAGCUAAGUGACUUCUUUUUCUCUAUUUAUUUAAUUAGAUGGAAAAUUAAAAACAAUUUGGAGAUGUUAUGUAAAAAGUAUUUUUGUUAUUACAUGAUGGAAGUAUUGUGGAGUUGAAAAUAAUAAUUUCAUCGUGCAUGAUGUAUUGACUUUACUUAUUAUAAUAAUAAUCAUAAUCAUAAUAAUAAUAGAUUUAUUUUAUAUAGCGCUUUUCAUUACACAUUGAAUCUCAAAAUCACUUUAAAAACAACUUAUGAAGUGAAUAAAAAAAUAACACUUCAACUUCAGCCAUAUUGAUAUUGUAUUAUUAUAACAUGUAAAGCCCAUUGAUGUGACUAUUGGGUGUCUUCGAGAGGUGAAUGUAACGUGUAGUCAUAAUGCAGUUAUAAAAACGAAGUAUGGCUGUGUAGAGCAGCUGUACACUCUUAGGGAAAAAAAGGUGCUAUCUAGAACCUAAAAGGGUUCUUCGGCUGUCCCUACAAGAGAACCCUUUGUAGAACCCUUUUUGGUACUAGGUAGAACCCUUUUGGUUCCAGAUAGAACCCUUUUGGGUUCCAUGAAGAACCCCAGAGUUCUACAUGGAACCCAAAAGGGUUCGUCCUGAAACCAAAAAGGGUUCUCCUACGAGGAUAGCCAAAGAACCCUGUUUUUUUCUAAGAGUGUAGCACAGUAGAAGUGUGGGAUGGAUCAAUAGUUCAUUACAAUAUUGGCACUGCUCUAGCCAAGCAACUGUAUUCAGUGCUCUCUCUCUCUCUCUCUCUCUCUCUCUCUCUCUCUCUCUCUCUCUCUCUCUCUCUCUCUCUCUCUCUCUCUCUCUCCUCCUCCUCUCAUCUCUAUACUUCCUCUUCUCAUCUCAUUCUUUUUCUCCUCCCUCUCUAUUUAAUUUUUUACCUCAACUUUCACCCCCUUUCUCCUCUCCUCUCUCCCCAGUAGAGUGGAUUGUUCCUGGGCAGCAGAGGAUCGAUGAGCUGGGGGACCCUGUACCUAAUGUUCUCCUAUCUCCUCCUUCCUCUCUCUUCCCUCCAACUCUCCCUUCUUUGAUCCAGACCUCACCCCCUCUCUCCUCUGGUCUCUCCCCAGGGUAGAGGUGUGUGUUCUGGGCCAGAGGAGCAGGAGAGAUGACCUGGGGAACCCUGUACACCCAGCUGGCUGGUGUGAACCGCCACUCCACCAGCCUGGGGAAGGUGUGGCUGUCUGUCCUCUUCAUCUUCCGGGUCACCGUGCUGGUCCUGGCGGCCGAGAGCGUCUGGGGGGACGAACAGAGCGACUUUGUCUGCAACACCCUGCAGCCGGGCUGCGAGAACGUCUGCUAUGACCACUUCUUCCCCGUGUCCCACAUCCGGCUCUGGUGCCUGCAGCUUGUCUUCGUCUCCACGCCCGCUCUCCUCGUCGCCAUGUACGUGGCCUACCGUAAUCACGGCGACAAACGGCAGGUCCUGCAGCAGGGUUCAGUCGGGGGGCGUUGCCGCAGCGACAAGGCCCAGGCAGCCCAGGAGGCGGAGCUAGAGAGCCUAAGGAGGCGGAGGCUGCCGAUCGCCGGGCCACUGUGGUGGACAUACGCCUGUAGUCUGGUCUUCCGCCUGCUGUUCGAGGGAGGCUUCAUGUACGUACUGUGUUAGCCCACUGAGCAAAGCCUAACAAGUCUUUAAUUCAGGCAGACAGGUUAUUUGAGUGUAGCUCAAUGAACCAUCUCCAUUACAUACAAACACUUAAGAAUAAGAUGUAGAUACACUUCCUCAAGAUUCAUGACAUCACCAUGUACAGAUGUAGGAUCUUAAUUUGAUCACCCUGUUGCAGGAGAAUGUUCACGCAAUGCAGGAAAUGUAAAACUUGUAGUGUAUUUGAGGUUUAAAAAGGCUUCUGAAGUUUGAAAGUUCCACUUUGAAAUGUCAGACUUGAUUUGCCCUAAUGAAAAAUAUAUCAACCCCUACAAAAAUGUCCAUUAAUAAUAAUCUGCAUAAUAAUUCACAUUUCCUGUUGCUGCAGGAUUAUUUUCCUGCUGUUGCAUUUAUCUUCACCUUCGUUCUCCAGGUAUGCGCUAUACGUGUUGUACGACGGCUUCCAGAUGCCCAGGCUGGUCCAGUGUGACCAGUGGCCCUGUCCCAACCUGGUGGACUGCUUUGUCUCCCGCCCCACAGAAAAAACCAUCUUCACCGUCUUCAUGGCCACCUCCUCCUGCGUCUGUAUGGCACUCAACAUGGCCGAACUGGCCUACCUGGUCGCCAAGGCCAUCGCUCGAUGCCUGUCGUCACGACGCAGAGGGGGGAAACAGAAAGGGAAGGGUGCAAACUGUUCCUCAACAUCCUCCAAAGACAAGAAUGAGAAGUUGUUGCCGUCCUCUUCGUCUGGGUCCACCUGCAGCAAGGCGGUGUGAGGACAGGGGAGCUAUAGACAUAGUGUACAUAUACACACGCAGACAUGCAAAACAUAAGUAGCCUAUAGUACACACACACACCGAAUCACAAAUAUCUGUAAAUACUGUGUAGUCCACUCCAGACAUGCACAGAAGCUCUCCUUCCCUGCUUCAGUCACUGGAGUAACUACGCCAUCUAGUGGCCAAUAUUCACACACGCCCACUGACCCCUCACAGGCAAAGACAUAGGCCUACAAACAGACAGACAGACAGACAGACAGUUUGUAUAGCUCCUAUGGAAUUGUGAUGUUGGUAAUGAAGAGAUAACAUUGUAAAUAUACUGACAAUGGAAUUCGCAGAAUCACAGUAGAGUACUAUGAGUAAAUGCUUAUGCAAUGACCUACAGAGGAUGUGUGUGUUUUAAAAACUCCUGAAAUAAAAUGAUUCUAUAUUUUAUAUACUGUGUGAUCAUUGAGACACAUUUGAGCAAAGCUGCAUUUCACAAUAUGGGUGAUGGUGGGUGUUCAGAUAAUGAUUGUCAAUCAUGUGGUUGUGUUAGUGGGCCUGAGGAAGCACAUCCCAGCACUUAAUCAUGAGAUUUUCAGAUAGCACAAAUGUAAAAUAGAGUACUACAAAAAAAUAUAUAAAGUGCACAAAGAAGAUGUUCAGAUAACUCAUCUAUAUGCAUUUAGGCCUACGGUUCUCCAACAUAGUCAAGGCCAUAAUUUCCCCCCUGGGCGCGGAGACGCCAUGUACAGUUUUGGAGUCCCGGUGUGGAAUUUCGGAAGAGCAGGGUGGCAGGGUGGGGUGGGAGGUGACGGGGGGUUGACGGGUGGGCGACACCCCCCCCCCCCCCCCUCCCCCACGCGUGCACUCAUGGAUGGUCACACAAUGUGACAGUAGCGAUGGCUGGGCACGGGACGCAGCCGCUGCGCUUUGCGGGACCCCAUCUCCAGGUUCCACACGCGCCCUUAGACUAGCCUCGCUUUUCUCACCCUCGCGCUGUCUCUCUCUCUCUCUCUCGCUCUUGUUCGCUCUCUUUCUCUCGCGCACGCCUGGCCUCGAACCCCGCGGGAGAAAAGAAGAGAACGCAGAUCUCGACGCUUCCGGGAAAAAGUUUUUGGCCGGCCGCUGUCAAAGGAGAUUGGUAAGCUGUCAGAGCUGCGACGAUUUGGAGAAUGAGAGGGAAGGGGAGGGAUCUUUCUACCUGGGGAGGUCUGUAGGAUUUUCCAACCCUUUCAAAAUUUGGAUAGCUUCAGUGACCACCGGAUAUUGCUUCAAGUGGCCAAGGCUUGGGUAGCCUAUCCAUCCACCCUGUCCAUAUGCUUAUUUGGGAACGCCAAGUAACCACUUUUACGCUCGCCAAUUCCAAUGCAAGUGAUGUUGAAUUGAUUUAGCCUACAAUCAAUUACUGUAUCAAUAGGGAUUCUGGUAGGAUAUCUACCACUGCCUAAGGUUUAUAUUUUUAAAUAGCUUGGGUCAGUGUGGUCAAAUAGUUAAAUGGUGCGGCUGCUGGAACACAAUGCCGCUGAUCCGUCAAUAACCAGUGCCAAGGAGCAUAAUGCGCGUCUGGCAGCUUCUCUAUUGUCAGAGGUGACAGACGGUAUUUCAUCAAAACCUCAAAAGGAUCAACACAUAUAAUGUGAAGCUCGACACAUACUGUCAUUAUAGAGGGGCAUUGCACCAGUUUGAUACCAGUCCGUUAUUGAGCAGGCUAGGCCAGGCAUAACUGGACCAUGGAAUCAUCUAUUGAAAUGAAUAUUGAACUGUAGAAGGCCAGUGAUUUGAGUUCAGCUAAUAUGAGCUACAUUCAGCAACAAUGCACCACCAAUCGAUAGAUUAGGAUACUGUGAUAAUCAUAGUAAUCAAAUAUUUUACAGUAACAGCCUGACUGUGUUUAAACAUGAGGAAAAUAGGCCCUUUUUUUCAAAGUUUGUAAAAACACUUCAUUUCCAAACAGCAGUUUGUAACAGGUAGAGUAAUGCCACUGGGGUCAGUUUUUUGUUGUUGUAUCUAUGCAUUGGUGAGAUAGAGCCCUCUGUAAAUGCAUAUCAGUUGAUCCGGGGCAAAUAUUUCCCCUCAUCAGCAGUUCUGUGUUCUGAUGAUCCCAGCAUUCCUCCCAGGCUGUUAUGUACUCAUUCAGACUGCCACAGAUGGCCAGCCAUUGUAACCCGCUUGCCCAGCAACACAUAGACAGGCCUAUGGAUAGAUUGUCGACAUUCCUCAAUUAAAUCUGCCUUUCAAAACAAAACGAAUAUGUCUAUCAUUGAUGUGGCAUGCAUAGGGUUCAUGGUUCCAUGUAGUCUGUCCAAUUAGAAACCCCAAAGUCACCUAUUUCAGAGAAAUAUACAUUUUGGGGGAAGAUGAUGUAGGUUUUUGACAUUGAAGACAUGAUACAUUUUUAUUGGUGGCCUGAAGGCUUGUAGAAGCCAGUAUAAAUUGCGAAAACAUCUUAUCUUCAAGAUUAGAGUUUUCCACUUAUCUCUGAAGUGUCUAUAUCGUAAGUUGCAUGGACAAUAGGCAUACAAGAGAAUGGUCAAUUUGGGUAUUUGGGUAAUGUAAGCAUAUUUAAAUGACAUUAUAAUGUAAUUCAUAACUGAUAUGAUUUGUUUUUGCUUCCAGGUAUUGUAUUUCUUUUGAACCACUAGUCGAUGGAUUUAUCACUGACAAUACAACAACAUUUUAGUAAGUCCACCGUCUUUCACUGCUUUGGGGUGCUUUUUUGGGUCAUCGGAUAUCUGGUCCUUUUUUCAUCUGCUUUGCAAUGUGUUCAGAAGUUGUCGUGGGCACUGGAUUCUCAAUUAUGGCUGGUUUCAAAUUGAUAGAACUGUAAAAUGUCAGCACUGAGAAAAGCUUUCCUUUCAAUUGUUGUUAAUGAUUCUAGUAGGCCUGUAAGAAGCACAAUGGUGGUGCUCAGGAUUUUUUAUUGGAGCGUUUAAUCUCAGUCUCCAGUACUGUGAUUAGAGAAUGUAUUAGAGAAGUAUGUGGCCUGUCGAGAGUGAAAGUGAUCAAAGCAGCUUGUUAGUCCCGUAUGACUGACUCGAUGGCGUCGAUCCUGUGUCCGAGGGAGACAAGUGUUGUUCGGUGGUCUCCACAGAUUUUCUGGGCUGUGGGAUGCCACAUUACAGAACCUUCAGAUAGAAAUAUAUUAGAACAGAUAUGUCUCCUUUAUGUAGAACAGGGAAUCAUGCCGCCUCCUAAAUGCAACCCCGCUGCCUACUUCAGUGCCAAACGCAUUGGCUUUGACUGAGAGAUUGUGUGACUUCACAGAGUGAUGUCGGGAGAAGAAAGUACAUAGGAUGGAUACAUUAUGUGUACACAAUAUGACAGUAAUGAUUUCUAAUAUUAUGGCUUCAAACCAGAGGUCAACUCCACCAAUGUUUGUUUUGGUUUCUGAACCUGUACAUUUUCAUUCAAGGUUUUUAUUCCCCUCUUUUCUCAUGUCCCCCUCUCUCAUUUCCCUCCUCCCUUUCCUGUUUCCUUACUCUCUCAGUUGUUACUCACCCAUGCCUGUGCUCCCCCUCUCCCUGGCCUAUGCUCCCUCAUUCUGUGUGUGUUCUCUCCCCACCUCUCUCCUCCCUCUCAUCCCCAGUCGGUGCCUAUGCAGCCCUAUUCCCUCUCUGUCACUCCCUCCUAUCUCCAUCUUUCCAGCUUUCCCCCACCUCUCUAUCUGCACCUCUCUCCAGCUUCACCCGACCUCUCUCCUGCCUCUCCUCCAGCCUCUCCCCUCUCCCCCAGCCUCUCCCCCAGCCUCUCCCCACCUCUCUCCCCCAGCCAUUCCCCCCCAGCCUCUCCCCACCCAGGCCUCACCCAGUUGCUACUCAUCCCAGGCUGUGCUCUCUCUCCCCAGGCUAGAAAUCGUGUGAAGCAUGGGUGACUGGAGCUUUCUGGGUCGGCUGCUGGAGAACGCUCAAGAACACUCCACCGUGAUUGGCAAGGUCACUGAUUGAUUGAUUUAUACAUUUAUACAGUUAUUUGAUUGACUAAAAUACAUGUACAUUACUGUAUGUCACCUUAUGACCCUUUUAUUCCUGUGAUAUAUAGCCCCUUAUACCGUCUGAUGUGACGUUAUGUCCCUUGUGUCCAGGUGUGGCUGACAGUCCUCUUCAUCUUCCGUAUCCUGGUCCUCGGGACGGCUGCGGAGGAGGUGUGGGGUGACGAGCAGUCGGACUUUACCUGCAACACGCAGCAGCCCGGUUGCGAGAACGUGUGCUACGACGAAGCCUUCCCCAUCUCACACAUCCGCUUCUGGGUGCUGCAGAUUAUCUUUGUGUCCACGCCCACCUUGAUCUACCUGGGACACGUGCUGCACAUUGUCCGCAUGGAGGAGAAACGCCGCGAGAAGGAGGAGGAGCUGCGGAAGGCCAGCCGGCAGCAGGAGGAGAGAGACCCUCUGUACAGGAACGGAGGAGGAGGAGGGGGAGGAGGGAAAAAGGAGAAGCCCCCAAUCAGAGACGAGCACGGUAAAAUUCGCAUCCGGGGGGCUCUCCUGCGCACGUACGUGUUCAACAUCAUCUUCAAGACGCUGUUCGAGGUGGGCUUCAUCCUGGGUCAGUACUUCCUGUAUGGCUUCCAGCUCAGCCCCCUGUAUAAGUGUGGUCGCUGGCCCUGCCCCAACACGGUGGACUGCUUCAUCUCACGCCCCACAGAGAAGACCAUCUUCAUCAUCUUCAUGCUGGUGGUGGCCUGCGUCUCCCUGCUGCUCAACCUGCUGGAGAUAUACCACCUGGGAUGGAAGAAGGUGAAGCAGGGGGUCAGCAACGAGUUUGCGCCCGACCGAAUGGCGCUCCCCCUGGCCAGAGACGAGGCGGUGGAGUCCAAUAUGAUCCAGGAGGGGAUCGCCCACCCGGCCCUCAACUGCCUGCCUACAUACGGUGGCGUGAACGUGGUGUACCUGCCCAAUGAGCAGGCAAACGCCAUGGCCACCUUAUCCGAGCAGCAGGCAGUGGCGGCGGAACUCAAGAUGGACCGUUUCCAUGAAGACUUCCUGCUGGAGGCUCCUCCCACAUCCUUCUACGGCAGCGAGGGCAGCGGCCAGCAGCAGUCCGUGGAGCAGAACUGGGCCAACAUGGCCAUGGAGCUGCAGACUCUGGACGCUGCCAAGUCCUCCUCCUACCCUCCUCCUCCCUCCUCCCCUUCUCCCCUACCCUCCUCCUCUUCCGACCAGGAGCAGUCACCCCCUCCACCGGACACUGCCCCUCCUAUCCCCGACUCCCGCUCCUCCACCCUCCCCCUGGGGGAAUCGAGAAGGAGUGAGGAGCACCAGCAGCAGGAAGAAGAGGAAGUGGAGGCGGUGCUGCCACUGGCGCACGGUGAUGAUGUCAUGGUGACCCGGGUGGAGAUGCACGAGCCGCCCGUUUUCAUAGCAGCGGACGCCCGGAGGCUGAGCAGGGCCAGCAAGACCAGCAGCGUCCGAGCCCGGCCCGACGACCUUGCCGUGUAA